AGGGAGCUCUCAGGUUUGGGGCUGGGAACCAGAUGGGGCAUGAAUCCAGGAGCUCAGGGAACAGUUUGGGGAGGGGGCACCUGGACUAAGUGGAAGCAGUUUUCUCACUGGCCUUUUCCUACAGGUGGUUGCAUUUUUGGCAAUGGUCUUGGGAACCCACGCCCUCCAUUUGUGGCCCCAGAAGGGCUGUACCCACUGGCCCAGCUGCUGCCCCAGCAAAGGACAGAACCCCACUGAGGAGUGGUUGAAGUGGAACACUGUGCUCAUGCCUCCCCCAGAGACCACCAGCCUUGCCCACCACCCGGAAUCCUGCAAGGCCAGUGAAGACGGACCGCUCAGCAGCCGGUCCAUCGCCCCCUGGAGAUACGAGUUGGACAGAGACUUGAACCGGCUCCCCCAGGAUCUGUACCACGCACGUUGCCUGUGUCCACGCUGCGUCAGCCUCCAGACAGGCUCCCACAUGGACCCCCUUGGAAACCCGGAGCUGCUCUACCACAACCAGACUGUCUUCUACAGGCAGCCGUGCCCUGGAAAGCAGGGCGCCCGUGAUGGCUACUGCCUGGAACGCAGGCUCUACCUCGUCUCCUUGGCUUGUGUGUGCGUGCGGCCCCGUGUGAUGGCCUAGCUGGGCCGCCCGUGCCUGGUCCCUGGUCAAACACUGGAGCUGGGUGUACAACCACCUGCUGCCACGGUGAGCCAGGACGCCCGAACGCUCAGUCCCUCCAAAGCACCACCUGGAGCCCCAGGAUCUUGGGACAAGAUGGGGGACUUUGCAGAGAACCGCACUUUGCACUUUUUGAAGUGGAUGGGAAAUGCACGGUGAAUCCAAGGCAGCAGCAGUGGCUGCUUAUGGCCCCUGGAAACUGACAUCCUGGCAUUUCCUCCCGGGAAAAGUCUUCAAAGAUCUGCCUGUUUCUGUCUCUUCUUUCCUCCCACUCCCAGAUGCACUGGUGCAGUGCAGGGACUUUCUGAAAUUUUUCCCUUUGCCAACGGAGAGCCCUUCAUUUCAUUUGUUUGUUCGUUCAUUCAUUCAUUCAUCAAACACACAGUGAACAUCUGCUUUGGAUGCUCUACCUCACACAUCCUGGUAUAGUUACUAGUCUUUUGACAUGAGUGCCUCUGAGGAAGAGGCUGUUACUGAGCAUAGAGAGAAUUAUCCGAAUAAAUAAUCUGUAUUUAAAAGUGGCCUGUACGAUGGGAAGACACAGACCUACUAGAGCACGGACUUGAGGAUAUGGGGAGGGGGAAGGGUAAGCUGGGACAAAGUGAGAGAGUGGCAUGGACAUAUAUACACUACCAAACGUAAAAUAGUUAGC